AUGUUUGAAGAUAUAACAUUUCGAAAUAAUGAACAUAGACGAGCGACUAGAACAUCACAUCGAUUAAUUAAUAAAUAUCAAGAAUUGAAAAAAUUCACUGAAAUUUAUAAAUCUUCAUCAAAAAUUAAAGCCAAAACUAAAAGGAAAUCACAACAUAGACCAUCGCAGAAGAAGAAAAUUUUACAAUUAAUUCAUCAAGAAUUCGAUAAACGAUCAUUAUUAAAACCUGAAGAAACUUAUGAAAUAUGGCAUGAAUUAUCUGAUUCAAUAAAUAAAAAUGUUGCUAAAAAUAAUUCCAAGAAAAAACUGGAUCGAAAACACAAGAAGGGAUCAAAAGGUGAGUUCGGGAUUGAUACUGAACCCGAACCUGAAACUGGAGGUGAAUUAUCAAUAGAUCAAGGAGAUGAAUUAUUACGGAAAAAGGUAAGUGAUAUUAUAGAAGGUAAUAAUGAGGAAGAGGAACAGGAAGAAGAUGAAAAGGAAGACGAGGAACUAGAUGAAGAUGAAAAUUUAAUGACACAUAAAUUGAAUCAAUUUGUUAAUAAUUUCGAUACCUCCAAUCGAUUAUCAAAAUUUAAAUUUAUAAUUGAAUCAAAUGGUUUAGAAAUAUUACCAAGAAUAAAUGAAGAAGAUAAUACUACUACUAAUAAUAAUAACAAUAAUAAUGAUACCGAUUCAAUUGAAAUGAUUCAUAAAUCAAAAUCAGCAUUCCGUCAACAUAUUAAUAAUUUAACUACAUUAUUACAUUUACAAAUAAUGAAACAAAAUUGGUCAAUAGCAUAUAAAAUAUUUGCAUUAUUAAUAAGAUUCCCUCAAGUUGAUAUAAGAACAAUUUGGCCAUUAGGUAUAGAAAUAUUAAUGCAACUAUCCAACAAAAACGGUAGUAAUUCAUUAAAAGUGAAGAAAUUUUUCAAUUAUUUAUCAUCAUUUUAUAUGAUAACCGAUACUAAUCCCGCUACAAGAUUCAUAUCAACAAAUCAUAAAUAUCGUAAUAAUGUGGCACCAGUUUGGAGAUCAGGUUCUAAAACUUUAACCCCAUUAUAUGUCAUUACUUCAUUAUGGUAUAUUUUUGUUCUUGGUGAUUAUGAACAAGUUUUAAAUAAAAUUAAUGAAUUAAUUCUUGAACCUCCUUAUAAUUCUGAAGGAGUAUUGUAUUUUAUAUCAAGUUUAUGUCAUUUAUGUCUUGGUUGGAAAUUAGUUGAUACAUAUAUAACAGGUGAUAAUGAUAAUUUUGAUGUUGUUGAUGAAAGAUAUAAUGUGGAAAAGCAAUUGAAUAUAAUUAAGAAUAAAAUGAAUGAAGAUUUUGAAAGAUGUGAAAAAUAUCAAUUUAUUUAUCCUAAAGAUGAAAUUGAAUCUCAAUUCAAAGAGUUGCUCACAGUGGUAUCGAAUAAAAGUAAUGAAAAAACUCCUACUCUAAAUAAAAAUGGUAAUGAUAUUACUAUGAAUAAUGUUUCAGCUUCGUCGUCAUCAUCACUGGAAGAAAAUGAUUUAGAUUGGGAUGCCAUUAGUUCUGAUGAAGAUGAAGAUGAAGAUGAUAAGGUGCACACAAAAGCUAAUUCAUUAAUUCCAACUCAAAUAGAUAGUCUUUAUCAUCUUAAGAACCACAAUGGGAACAAGCAACAUCAUAUAAACCAUGACGACGAAAAUCUAGUGGAAGUCAAUUUCUCUGAUGACGAAAGCAUGGAUGGGGAAAGUAACAUUCAUUCGAAGAUGAACUAUCACCAAGAAGAAGAAAUUCCUGCUUCACAACCAUUAGAUUUAGGUGAUAUGAUGAUGAAUGGUAAUCAUGAUAACGAGGAAGAAGAAGAAGAAGAGAUGGAUGGCGAUACUCAAGCUAUAGAAUCUAUUGAUAGUGAUGAUUUAGAUCAUUACGAUCAUAUCAAUAAAACUUUGAAUUCAUUUGAUACAAGAAGAAAUAGUCUAGAAUUAUAUAAUGUGAAAAGUUCAAGUGUUGAACCAAUCGACACAUUCAAAAUUUCACCAUCACCGUCAUCACCCGAUAAUAAAGAUAAAACUAGUCAACAAACAAUGCUCGAUUUUGAUUUUGAUUUUGAUUUUGAUUCCGAUUCCAAUUAA